AUGGCUCCUUCGCAAGAAAUGGAAACGUCGCUGAUAUAUGAGAGUAUUUUAAAUAAAAACGAAAAGUUAAAACCACCACGUGCCUCAGAAAAAAGAGAAUGGGAUAUCGUUUGGAGAAAUGUCAUAAUUUUCGUAUUGCUGCAUUUGGGAGCGAUUUAUGGCUUUUUCCUGUUUUUAACUCAAGCUAAGUGUGCUACUGGUAUUUUCGCAUUCGUGAUUGGAGUGGCUUCCGGACUUGGCAUCACAGCAGGUGCUCAUAGGCUUUGGUGUCACAAGGCAUACAAGGCUAAACUACCGUUGCGUAUCAUUUUAGUUGUUUUCAACACUAUUGCUUUUCAGGACUCAGUAAUACACUGGGCGCGAGACCACCGCGUACACCACAAAUUCAGCGACACCGAUGCCGAUCCUCACAACGCAGAACGAGGCUUCUUCUUCUCCCAUGCCGGCUGGUUGCUUAUGAGGAAACACCCUGAUAUCAAAGCGAAGGGACAAUCCAUUGAUAUGAGUGACCUAUGGGCAGAUCCGUUAUUACGAUUCCAGAAAAAAUACUACAUGAUCCUCAUGCCGCUGGCGUGCUUCAUUCUACCAACUUAUAUACCAACGUUGUGGGGCGAGUCAUUGAAGAAUGCCUUCUUCAUCAGCGCAGUCUGUCGUUACGUCUACGUUCUAAAUGUCACGUGGCUGAUAAACUCUGCUGCUCACAAGUGGGGUACCAAACCUUACAACAAAAGCAUCUACCCCGUGGAGUCUAAGCUAGUGGCAUUUUUGGUACUCGGAGAGGGAUUUCACAACUUCCACCACAUGUUUCCAUGGGACAGCAAGACCUCUGAGUUGGGGAAUUACGCGUUUAAUUUUACGAACAUAUUCCUCGAUGUAAUGGCUAAAAUUGGAUGGGGCUACGAUUUCAGAACGGCCUCUCGUGAUUUGGUUUUAAAGACGGUUAAAAAUUUGGGCGAUGGCUCGCACCCUGAGUUUUAG